AUGAUGAACGUCAACAGACUGGCUCUUGCCGGCUCCAAGCACUUGCGUCCCAGCCAAUACCGCGUCAUGGCUCAGAGAUUCAACUCGACCAACGCACAAAAAUUGACCGCUGCUGAGGCUGCUGCUCGCCCCGUUGUCAAGUCAGGACUUCGCUUCCGCACCAAGGCCUUCAUCACCCUCACCUUGAUCGGUGCUGGUGCUGCCGGUGUUGUCAAGCACUCUUUCGACGACGAGCAGUUCCGCGCCCUUCUCGAAGAUAACAUCCCACACUACGCCCACUCAUUGGAUAAGCUGGAGCAGCUCAGGGACAACGAGGACGUGGAAAAGGUCAUCGCUGGCGCAACUUUGGUCGGCGGAAAGAUUGUCGAUCUUAGCAAGACCGGCUACCGCACUGCUUCGGAUUUGAUCAACGGAACCACCACCCCAGCACCCGAGAAGCCCACUGCCUCGGUCUCAUCAUCGGCCUCUCAGUUGGAGCAGCCCAAGCCUGCUGUUGCCGCUGCUCGCGCUGAAUACAUUCCUUCUGUGACCCCUGCCCCCGCUUUCCUCCCUGGUGCUGGCCCCGGCAAGAAUGCUUCUCACGUCGAGAAGCCCAAGAUUGUCGAGAAGGCUGCCAAGAAGGUUGAGGAGGUUAAGGAGAAGGCUGUUGAGAUCAAGGAGAACAUUCAGGAGAAGAUUGCUGAGAUGAAGGAGGAAGCCUCCGCUCCUCCCAAGAAGUUGAUCAAGAUCGCCCCUAUUGAGUCGGAGGAGCCUGUCAUGUCGAGCCUCAACGCCACCUUGGCUCAGUUGGUUCAUAUUUUGAACGAGAACGGCAUUCCCGAGCAGGGCCACGAGGUCUUUGAGAAGGCCAACGAGGAGUUGAAGCACUUGAACGAGCGCGUCGAGGCUUUGAAGGUCGAGGGUGAGGCCCAGGCUGCCACCGUCAUGGCCGAGUUGACCGAGAAGUACAAGCGCAUCGUGGACGAGAAGGAGACCCAUCACGAGGGACACAUUUCGCAGUUGAAGCGUGAGCUUGCUGAUGCCUUCGAGCAGGAGAAGAAGGAUGCCAUUGAGCGCGAGCUCAAGAUUCAGCAGGAGAUUUUGCGCGAGGAGCAGAAGCAGGAGUUGAUCAAGUACGCCAUGGACAUGCAGCGUCGCUGGGUUCGUGAGGUCAAGGUCAGAGUUGAGAACGAGCGUGGCGGUCGCUUGGCACGUUUGGAUCAGAUCAACUUGCGCCUCAAGACUUUGGAGCGCCAAGGAGUUGACAAUGCAGACUUUUUGGAUCAGUCGUCUCGCACUCACCAGCUCUGGUGCGGUGUCAAGGCCUUGGAGAAGGCUUAUGAGGCUGGCGAGCGCCUCCCCUUUGACCGCGAGUUGGCCCGCUUGAAGAGAUUGGCAGAGACCGAGAAGGAUGCUGAGGUCUUGAAGGUCGUUUUGGCUGCCGUCCCAGAGUCCGUUGCCGCCCAGGGUGUUGACUCUGUUCCCGAGUUGAUGGACCGCUUCGAAUAUGUCGCUGAUAAGGUUCGCCAGGCCAGUUUGGUCCCUGAGAACGGUGGUGUCUUGGCUCACGGUAUGAGUGUUGUCUUGUCCAAGUUGAUGUUCAAGAAGCACGGAUUGGUCCCCGGAAACGACGUCGAGGCCAUCUUAGCCCGCACAGAGCACUACUUGGUGGAGAAUGACUUGGAGCAGGCUGUCCGUGAGUUGAACCAGCUCAAGGGAUGGGGCAAGCGCCUUGCCAAGGACUGGAUUGUCGCCGCUCGCAGGAGAGUCGAGGUUGGACAAGCCAUUGAUGUCAUCAAUACCCAUGCCAACCUUGUUAGUUUGACCCUCGCAUAA